GACCUCAAAUGACUACAAAAAUCUUUGCUCAGAUAGUUAUCAUGAGCAUUUUCGAGCCAUUGUUGGAGCAAAACUUGUACUACACAGGCAUGCAGCUCACAACGGCGACUUUCACUGCCGCUAUGUUCAACCUAAUCCCGGCCAUUACAUUUGUAAUGGCCUGUGUAUUCAGGUUGGAGAAAGUGUCUAUUCACACUCAUCGAGGAAAAGCAAAAGUGGUUGGGACGUGUGUGGCGGUUGCGGGAGCGAUGAUGAUGACAUUUUGGAGCGGCCAGGUGAUUCCGUUGCCAUGGACCAGGUCGCUGCAUGCCAAGAAGAUUCACAUGCAUGCUGAUGGCAUCUUAGAAGGAGGGCUAAUGAUUGUGUCCAGCUGCCUGAGUUGGAGCUUCUAUGUUAUUCUUCAGGCCAAGGUAGUAGUGUCAUACCCGGCAAAACUGUCCCUGACGGCUCUCAUCUGCAUCAUGGGGGCGAUUGGAUCGACGGUCACUGCACUAAUAUGGGAGAGAAAUGACCCUAAAGCCUGGAAAUUUUAUCCUGAUAUAACACUGUUAGCGUCUCUUUAUGGGGGAUGUUUCUCAGCAAUAACGGUUUACGUUGUUGGGUGGAUGGCACAGAAGAAGGGUCCAGUGUUCGUGAGCAUCUUCAAUCCAAUCAAUUUGAUUGUCACGGCGGUCAUUAGCUCGGUCGUACUCUCUGAGCAGAUGUUUGUCGGGAGGAUAAUUGGAGCUUUCGUGAUCAUCAUUGGCAUCUCUUUUGUUCUUUGGGGAAAACUGGGAGAACAAACCACGCCGCCACCUCCAGAGCCUGAGGUAACUCAAGGGUCUACUGAUGUUUGAGGUUAUGUCUUUAAAGGUUUUAGUUUAUGUCCUGUAGUGGUCAUGGAUUCAUAUCUUAUGUUGUUGAUUUAAUUUGAGGUAUUGUAGUAGUAACUUAAACCAAAAUCUUCAUGGGGACAGAAGUUAUCCUUGUACGAGGAAAGAGUUUAUGGUGUAAUAACUUAUCGAUAAUCUUGAGUCUUCACCAUGUUCAAAUUCAAAGAUUGCUUCAGAGGUUAUUUCUCUUAGUGGUCUUAAGGGCUCAAUCAACUUGACCCAAUAGGCUAGUUCUAGGAUCUGAGGAGGGUUUUGACAAUUUCCAGCUACAAUAAUAGGUAGUGAGAUAAGCUUUAUAGAGAGGGAAAAAAGAGUUUGAUAUAUUCAUUUAUCUAUCACUGUUUCACAUCCCAAGAGAACCAAAAAACAAAAGUGGAUGGUAUCGUAUGAAUAUGACUAAUCUCAUA